AAUUUCGGGAGCUCGGUAAUUAUGAAUUAAUGACGGCUGCCAGUAGCUGGUAGUUGCGAUAAUGGCUGAGUACCGAUCAGGAUCCUAUUGUGUGUCGUCUGGAGUGGGCAGUGAUUCUGAAGUCAUGGCAGAAUUAGCGGCACUCUUGCGACAUGAAAUUCCCGAGGGGAGAAACAACUUGGCUGACAGCCACACAAAUCUGGAGCGAGUAGCAGAGUAUUGCGAAGCGAAUUACUUCCAAGCGGAAAACAAGAGGAUUGCAUUGGAAGAAACAAAGAAUUAUACCACGCAGUCUUUAGCCAGCGUUGCAUACCAGAUAAACACUCUGGCAUAUAAUUUUCUUCAAUUAUUGGAUUUACAGACAUCUCAGCUUGCCGAGAUGGAGAGUCAGAUGAAUCAUAUCGCGCAGACAGUCAUGAUCCAUAAGGAAAAAGUAGCCAGAAGGGAGAUAGGCGUCUUAACAGCCAACAAAAUGACAACUCGCCAGUACAAAAUCAUUGCUCCUGCCAAUCCUGAGAAGCCAAUUAAGUAUGUAAGGAAAAGCAUUGAUUAUACGAUCUUGGAUGACAUUGGACAUGGUGUACGCAGUUGUGGUACACCGCGAAGCAAGCAGAGGGGAGGUAGUCAGGGCAGCGUUCAGAGUUUAGGUGCUACUUCUACAGGUUCAGGCUUAGGUGCUGCCAUGGUAGGACCUGCCCCUACUACCAAACCGCCAACACCACCUCAAACAGUGAGAACUGGAACAUUAAGUAAAGGAUCGCGUGAGUAUAGGACUCCACCAGCAGUACGCCCCAACCACAAGUUCCUAGAAAAACAUACAAACAUGGUUAAAUAUAUUUUAGAUAGCUAA